UCCAAUCCAAAUAACACUCCCCAAACCUAGGAUGCAAUGAAAAGAGUCAUGCGAGCUAGAUUUGUUCCUUCAUAUCAUGCACGUGAUUUGCUGCACAAAUUGCAACAACUUAGACAGGGAAACAAAUCUGUAGAGGAGUAUUAUCAAGCUUUGCAAACAGGAAUGCUUCGUUGUGGAUUGGUAGAAAAUGAUGAUGCUGGUAUGGCUAGAUUCAUGGGUGGGCUGAACCGAGAAAUUCAGGACAUUCUAGCCUACAAAGAAUAUAAUUCAAUUAAUCGUUUGUUUCAUCUUGCUUGUAAAGCUGAAAGGGAAGUACAGGGACGAAGAGCUAGCUUUAGGACUAACAUUUCUGCAGGUCGUGCUAGCUCUUGCACAUCUUCUAACGCUGCUGCACCGUCAACUCGAGCAGCAGCACCAUCGUCCUCAAGCAACAAGCUGCGUCCCUCUACAACAAACUCUACACCAUGCCCGAGUGAACCAACAAGAGGGGUUGCUGCUACACCUUCCAAGAGCUCAUCAUCAGUAGCUUCAUCAGGAAGGACAAGAGAUAUUCAGUGCCUACGCUGCAAGGGCUAUGGUCACGUGCGCAAGGACUGCCCAAGCACUCGUGUAAUGAUUGUGAGAGCUGAUGGUGGGUACUCCUCCGCUAGUGAUUUAGAUGAAGAAACCUAUGCUUUGCUUGCAACUAACAAUGCAGGGGAAGGUGACGCGCCCCACCAAGAUGAGGAACACAUUGGGGCUGAAGCUGCAGAGCACUAUGAGAGCCUCGUGGUGCAGCGAGUGCUAAGCGCACAAAUGGAAAGGGCUGAACAGAAUCAGCGCCACACCUUGUUUCAAACCAAGUGUGUGAUCAAGGAACGCUCUUGCCGCGUGAUCAUAGAUGGAGGAAGCUGCAAUAAUUUGGCUAGUGCUGAAAUGGUGGAAAAACUUGCAUUGAGCACACAGCCACAUCCACAGCCCUACUAUAUUCAAUGGCUUAAUAGCAGCGGCAAGGUAAAGGUAACACGAUUGGUAAGAGUACAUUUUGCCAUUGGUUCUUAUCAUGAUUCAAUCAACUGUGAUGUUGUGCCUAUGCAAGCAUGUUCUAUGUUAUUAGGUAGGCCAUGGUAGUUUGAUAAAGAUUCUUUACACUUU